AUGGCACAUCAUUUCUGGGAAAUGGACAAAAUUAAAGUUCCGAUUUAUCGUUUUUUCGACGACAAUCCGAAUGUUCUCAAAGAGGUAUAUAAGCAGGAUGUUAAUGAGGUGUUUCGAGCGAUUCAGACAGUCCGCUCCAUAGCAUUACAAAGCUAUUCGACCCGCAUUCUCUCUUUCCUGAAUAUCGAAACGCGAAGAUUUGUGAGGCCAGGAGCCGGCUGGAAAAAGCCAUCGGAAAAUCAAGUAGUCGCAGAAACUGGACGAUACGGAGAUACUCUAGAAGCCUUCCAUUGCGAUAAAUGCUCAUACGCCAGUGGUAGUAUUUCGGAAUUAAACGUACAUCACUACUUGAAGCACGGAAAGAAGGAAGAGCUGGAGAUGGGGUUGAGCAAGGAAUCAGUGGAGAGCUUGACUGAAGGGUUGACUGUGUUUGCGGAAAGUUUUCGACGUAUUCACCCAUAUCUGAACAAACUUCUACCAGCAUUUGAAUGUGAUGCUUUUUGGAAGAAGACGAUAUCUAAAUUCAUUGAUUGUUUAGAGACACUUUACAAGUACGAUAUGAAGCUUCUUGCAAUGACGGUUAGCAGUUGUGGUGAAGAUGUUGAAAUGGUUCAUAGUGGGAAGGAAGAUGAACAAUCAGAUGAGGUCGAUUUGGAAAACAUUGCCGAGCACAUCUUCCUACUGACUGAACGUUAUGACCAGAUACGACCUAAUUUGAAGGAUCUUCUUUUUAUUCUCAAAUCGUUCGACUACUAUGAAAAAUAUACAACGGAUAUUAUGAAGGCUUUUGGGAAUCUAGGAAAUGUGUUCCACACGCCAAUUGCUUUGCAUGUCCUCAAGUACCUUGGGAAAAACGUUAAACGAUUCAAGUACAGUGUUUCGAGGUUUGAAAUUCGUCAGACACCGAACCAAAAUGGAACACCAAAUCAGAAAAGUUCGCUUGCUGUUGGCCAAACUCCAACAUCUUGUGAUCAAUGUCAAUUUAAAUCACUCAACAUCAACACGUUGAACACUCAUUUUUAUUUUUGUCAUUGCAAAAACGAGAACGGCGUUGGUAAAAUGCUGUAAUGACUACUGUACCAUUUUUAAUUUUUCUUUAUUCAUCAAUUUCCUAAUUUUACCUGACCCCUACUGCAUACAAUUAAUUGUUGUCUAAAAUUUUGCGUUCAAAGUAUUGUUAACAAUUAAAAUAUAUAUAUAAAGUGGUAUAAAGCAUUUACG